AUGGACGACCACAAGGAGAACAUUUAUACAGACAACAUCAGGCUGAACAUGUCUGAUGUGCUCAGACACGAUAAAGACCAGUCUUGUCUCAGGAUAUGUGCUGGUGAAGACUCUGUCCCCAACACGUCUACAUCCCCUCCGCCCAAUGGAGACUACAGCCAUCCUGUGUAUAAAGAAAUAGCUAUGGCUAAUGGGCAGAUCAAUCGUAUGUCCAUGGAAGAGCUUAGAAGGAAACUGUCUGAUCUAAAGCUUGACACAAGAGGUGUAAAAGAUGUGAUGAAGAAGAGGUUGAAGAGCCACUACAAGAAGCAGAAACUGCAGUCUGCUGCCGAGGAGGGAGUUCCUAUUGACAAGUACUACGACUAUAUCUGUGUUGUAGACUUUGAAGCAACUUGUGAAAGGGAUAACCCGCCAAGCUUCAAGCACGAAAUUAUUGAGUUCCCAAUGGUUCUUGUUAGCACAGAGACUUUAGAAAUUGUGGACACUUUCCAGGAAUAUGUUAAACCAGAAUUAAAUCCACAACUGUCUGAGUUUUGUAUAAAUCUCACUGGGAUCACACAGAAAAUGGUAGAUGAAGCGGACACUUUUCCAAGGGUCCUUGAGAAAGCCGUAGCAUGGCUUCAAGAACGGGAGCUUGGGACAAAAUACAAAUAUGCCAUUCUGACUGAUGGGGCUUGGGACAUGAGCAAGUUUCUAAACAUCCAGUGCCGCCUGAGUUGUAUCCGAUACCCUCAGUUUGCAAAAAAAUGGAUUAAUAUAAGGAAAUCCUAUGGAAAUUUUUAUAAGGUCCCACGGCCACAGACGAAGCUGAGUACAAUGUUGGAUAAUUUGGGUCUGAAGUAUGAAGGCCGCCCACACUCUGGUUUGGAUGAUUCUAAAAACAUUGCCCGAAUCGCAUUGCGGAUGCUUCAGGACGGAUGUCAGUUGCGGGUCAAUGAGCGCAUACAUGCUGGUCAGUUACACUCAGUGCCCAGUUCUGCCCCAGUGGAAGGAGCCCCUCCGCCACAUAACCCCCGGAGCAGGGACUGA